CAAGCUCAUUCACCCGAAUUUUUUUCCAUCAUUCUCGUUUUUGUUUGAUCAAUUACCCGUUGAGAGGCAAGCGGAAGAUUCUAUCAUGUCGUGCGAGAACUGCAAAACGGGCUUCAAUUGGAAUGGCACGCCCACGGGCAAGGAAACAACGCUGGCGAACAACAACGCCUAUGUGACCGGCGAUUCCAAGUCGGCCGCCAUCAUGAUCGUCCACGAUGUCUUCGGGUGGACGUUCCCGAAUCUCCGCCUGCUGGCCGAUCACUUCGCCAAGGAAGCGAACGCCACCGUCUACCUUCCAGACUUCUUCGACGGCGAAGUCGUACCCACCGACAUCUUCAACGACCCCGCCAAGCGCGAAGCCUGGGAUCUCCCCUCCUUCGUCAAGCGCCACUCCAAAGACAUCCGCUACCCGGAGAUCACCGCCUGCGCAAAAGCUCUCAAGGCGCAGUUCCCCAAAGUCGGCGCAAUCGGGUAUUGCUACGGCGCCUGGGCGUGCUUCCGGCUCGGCAGCGACCCGUCGCUCAUCGACGCCGUCUCGGGCGUUCAUCCCUCACUGGUAGAGAAGUCUGAGCUCGAUGCGCUGAAGGUGCCAACGCAGAUUCUGGCCCCGGAGACGGAUCCUGCGUUUAGCCCCGAGCUAAAGGAGUAUAGCAAUAAGGUGAUUCCGACGUUGGGGAUUAGCUACGAGUAUGUGUAUUUCCCGAAGCUGAAGCAUGGGUUUGCGGCGAGGGGGGAUGAGACGGAUCAAGUGCAGAGGGAUGGGCUGGAGAGGGCGAAGAGGAGUGCGGUGAAUUUUUUUAAGGAGUUCUUGCACUAGAUGUGGUCAGUGAUUCCGCUGCGAUGCUGGAUGGACCGCAGCCGUUUGCAAUAGGAUCUCACCAUCUCUCUAGCCCUCUGGUCACGCUCUUCCUGGUUUUUGGAAGUGUCGAGAUGGUCUUCCCUAGCGAGAAUCAGAUCUUCAUUAGCGGAUUAGAUCAAAAGGAAAAGAGUGCGCAACCUGGGAAGGUAGCCAGUCUUUCAUACAAGGGGUGCAUGCA